AUGACAGAUAUGCCGCCACCGCCCAUGUCCUCCCAAGACAGUGGCAUAGUUUGCCAUUCGAAGCACAAGAUGCAGUUCGAGCAAGAGAACCAGAUGCCUACGCCACCAGCUUCCUCUCCUCCGACAUUCCAGGACUUCUCUGGAAACCUCCUACACAUCCCCAAGAUCAAGAAGCCUCCCACAGUCACGCCUAAGAGGUUCACCAAGUUCUUCACGCCACGAAGCUCGAUGUCGACUCGAGCUGGUCGCCAGAGCAAAGCCGGCCGACAGCUGCAGGACAUUACCAGGAACGGCUCGAACUGCAGACGUACUGGCUUGAAUCAUCAGGACGACUUCACUCCAAAGGUCGAGGACGAUGGCACUGCUGAAAGGCUUUUCAAACGUCGAAAGAUAUCUACAGACCUGCCAAGCUCGCCACCCCAGUCAUCUCCCCUCGAGCAUGUGCAAGCUACGAGAGAGCUUCCCGUAUUCCACGACCAGGUACCCGGGUCUCCCACCAUCUCUGAAGCAGACACCCUUCCCGAACUUUUCGAAAAACUCAAGCCGUUUCCGAAACCAAUACGCCGACUGCGAGAACCUGGACGGUCACGAAGGUUACUGGAGCGAAGCUUUGGAGGAUAUGAUGCCAACUCCCGAGGACUUAGAGGUGUGGACCACGCGGUGGAUGCACGGGCUGAGACUGCCAACUUCGUUACGACACCAAGUGACAUGCACCCAUUCCGAGGGGCAGCUUUACCCUUCUGUACGGCAGCGUGUAACACGAAUUCACUCAUAGCGGUCGGCGAUGAGGAAGGCAGUGUACGACUGAUCGAUUCUGCGUCUUCUGCACAAUUCAGCGCCAGCCACGUCAAAUUCCGAGUGCAUCACAAUGCAGUGAUGGAUAUUGCGUUCUGCUCCGAUGACUACGUGCUGGCUACCGCAAGUGGUGAUCAGACUGCACGUGUUGUGGACAUGUACUCACAGCAAACUGUUAGUAUCUUGCAGGGCCAUCAGAGCAGUGUCAAGCAGGUCCGCUUUCAACCCGGGAACGACAACAUGGUCACGACGAGUGCAAGAGAUGGAACAGUACGGCUGUGGGAUCUGAGAGCGAGUGGCAGGUCAGCUGUGCAGAGCUUUCGCGACGGCGUAGAUCGAGGAGAAGAAAUGGAGCCGCAGACCAUGACAAGCCAAGAACUGCACGUGGGCUAUGGACACAGGUCAACCACUCGAAAGUACGAAAUGGACGAGCGGAACGAGCUAUCGAUUACAUCCUUCCAGCACCUGCCACAUGGCCGGUCACACUUGAUUGUGACGGCUAGCGAAGUCAAUGCGUCCGUCAAGAUCUGGGACCUGCGAAAUGCUGGAUUCGGUCAGCGAAACGCAUCGCCUUUGGCAAGCACACCACUACCCGAAACGCAUCGAGGCACAAGACACUACGGCAUCAAUUCAAUGGCACUUUCGGGCGACGGCGCUAGACUAUACACUGUCUGUCGAGACGCUACAGUCUACGCGUACUCGACGAACCAACUUGCGCUUGGCUACGUUCCGGAAAUGUCGUCUGGACCUAGCAGACGACGAAUGAUGAAAGACCCAAAGGCUGGCCUUGGUCCUCUGUACGGCUUCAGGCACCCGAACCUCCGCAUCGGCACAUUCUACAUCAAGGCGGCGAUCCGACCAGCAAAGGGUGACCACGGCGAGAUGCUGGCUGUCGGCAAUACUGACAAAUGUCCAAUACUCUUCCCGACAGAUGAGCGACAUCUUCCCAAGCCUGAGCGGAUCUACGAGGAUGCCGAGGAAGAUGAAGAUGACCUGCCGACUGCAGCGCCAUCAUUCCCGCGCUCUUCGGGUACCACCCCAUCUACUGGCCUGCAGGUGCACGAACAUGGCACAGCAUUGGUGCGAGCUCACAACAAAGAAGUCACAUCUCUAGCCUGGACGACGAAUGGCAAUUUGAUCACUGUCAGUGACGACUUCUCCGCUCGUUGUUGGCGCGAAGAUGCCGCCAAGGCUAGAGAGCUAAGAGGCAUGGGUGAAGUCGGUGGCGGACGCUGGAGAUCUGGAUGGGCAGAUGUAAGGCUGGAGUGGGACGAAGAGGAGGGGUGA